AUCUAAUCCGUGAACAAGAUUAUUUGGCAAAACGAAGAAGGGGUUGAGUGGAGUAGAAAAGAACGCACAUCUAACAAGGCGAUCCGCAAGUUACGUUGUCAUUGGGGGUGGGCAUAGUUGCGCUGUUUUCCGAUGUUUCUUCUCGCUCGCUCCACAUGAUCUCACGUUCCUUCUUCUUCUCCGCUCCUCUCUCUCGCCUUUAAGUAGAUUGACUUUCAUUCUGAUUUCAAGCUUAAUGCUUUUGUUUGUCUUCUGGACCUACCGCCACCAUCAGGUUGUAGCUGCUGGCCUAUAAAGUGAUGAGUUAUUGGUCAUACAAUAUUGCUUAGUUGUAUUGGAUUCAGAUGAAGAUAGGAACCAUGUUUUUUUCAUUAUUACAAGUACCCAGAUGCAGAAUACACAGCAUAGCUAAUUAUUGGGAUGAAACCUUCCACAGCUCAAGAAAGAUUUAUGGUAAUAAUUCUAGUGUUAGGGUACUUUGUUCUAGAAUUUAUGGGCAGAAUGGAGGGCACAGUAAGAAGUGGAGUAAUAGAAGACCUGUAACUACAAAAACAGAGGGAAAAGGAAAUAAACAAGCCACCUGGAGCACCAGGACAGGAAUCAUCAAGCCUGAAAUUUCAAGUGAAACGGUAUUGGCAAGUUCUGCAUUAAAUGUAAAUAAAGCACAGCUAGUUCAUUUCCAGGAUUUUCAAUCCUGCGACAUACAGCAAGAGAUCGCUCAGAAUAAAGAUUUAUCUAGCAAAGUCACUACUAUUGUUUUUGAUAUUGAGACUACUGGGCUUAGCAGAGUAGAUGGACGGAUCAUUGAGAUUGCACUCCGAGAUCUUCAAGGCGGUGAGAAUAGCACCUUCCAAACUCUCGAACCUGAACGUGAUGUUAGUAAUUCUUAUAUUCAUGGCAUUACCACAAAGAUGGUAAACAGGCCCGAUGUUCCAAGGAUGGAGGACCUGAUUCCCAUCUUAUUACAGUAUAUUCAAAGCCGUCAGAAGCCUGGUGGCUAUGUAUUAUGGGUUGGUCACAAUGCUCGCUGUUUUGAUGUACCCUUCAUCAUUAAUGAAUUUAGACGAUGUUCCGUAGAAAUUCCUCCUAACUGGCUAUUUGCAGAUACCCUUCCGUUGGCACGUGAAUUAAAGAAGUCUAUAGGAACAAAACUUUCUUCGACAACACUUGAGGCCCUUCGUGAGCUCUAUAAAAUUCAGGUGGAUGGAUCAGCUCAUAGGGCCAUGGUAGAUGUGAAUACUUUGUCAAGGAUACUUCCUAGAUUGACCUUUGACCUCAAAUUAACCUUAUCUGGCCUUGUCAAAAGAUCAUUUACGGAAUCAGAUCUGGCCAACUCUAAGAGAAAGAAGAAUUCAGGCUAGUUGCCUGACAAUAUUAUCAUUGAUGUUCUUCAUUGUAUCCGAAUAUUGAUAUGUGGGAAUCGAUGGUAGUUGCAUCGAGAGGACUAGCACAUUGUAGUCCAGGAAAAAGAAAUUAGGUCCUCAAUGGUCUGAAACUACCCAUAGAUAGGCGGCAUUCCGUCAAUUCCUUACAAUUAUUUGACAGGUGAUAAUGCAGAUGAUGUAACGUUAUAUUUGUAACUGAAGGAGAAAAGAAACGCUGUAUUUUUUAAUUAAUUUCUUCUCAAUAAGUUCAGGAAUUUAUUUGCUGAA